GCUGCGUGUGACGUCAAACACGUGACCAUCGCUAGGCUUCAGACAAAACACCCAGAUGCUUUUGUCGCUCUGUCUGGCGACGUCAACCACAUCACGCUGGACUCCACACUGACUUCUUUCACCCAGUAUGUGGAAGGAAGUCGUCUCAGGAAGCAGAGGAGACCCUGAGGGACUGCUUUGCCUCCACAGUCUGGAGUGUGCUGCAGGACUCUCACAGCGAGGACAUUGAGGGGGUAGCAGACUGCACAACUGACUAUCUGAACUUUUUCAUGGACAUUGGGGUUCCUGUAAGAACUGUUUGCUGCUUUGCCAACAACAAGCCCUGGAUUACAAGCGAUGUAAAGAACAAAAAGAAGAGGGCCUUUAAAGACAAGAACCAGGAGAAGUUGAAAAACAUCCAGUGUGAACUCAAGUCCUGCUUAAAGGAGACUAAGGAGAUCUACAGGAAGAAGGUUGAGCAAAAGUUACAACUUAACAACAUGAAGGAAGUAUGGGAUGGUAUGAAGACAAUCACAGGGUGCAAGCCAAAGAGUGAUAGUGCAACAGCUGGUGGUGUGGAGAAAGCGAACGAACUCAAUCUCUUCUAUAACCGGUUUGAUUGCUCUGUUUCAUCAUCACCUGCUUCUGUCUGCCCUGCCUUCACAGCAACCUCAGCCUCUGCCCCACCGGACACCUCCCUACCUCAUCUGAGUACUGCUUAGGUCUCCCUCCACACAGACUGUAGUCAGUAGCACUGGAGCACCACAGAGGACUGUGCUCUCUCCCUUCCUCUUCAAUCUCUUCACAUCAGACUUCCAAUACAACUCUGAGAUGUGCCAUCUGCAGAAAUUCUCGAAUGACACUGCCAUCGUUGGGUGUGUCAAGGGUGGUCAGGAGGAGGAGUUCAGGAGACAGGUGGAUGACUUUGUCGCUUGGUGCCGACUGAACCAACUGCACUUGAACACAUCCAAGACCAAGGAGAUGGAGGUGAACUUCCGUAGGUCUGAACUACUCUUGCAGCUGGUCUACAUCUAGGGGGGUUGAUGUGGAGACCUACAAGUACCUUGGUCUGCAGCUGGACGACAAACUGGACUGAUCAACAAAUACAGACCGCCUGUACAGGAAGGGACAGAGCCGGCUCUAUUUCCUGAGGAGACUGCGGUCCUUUAACAUCUGUAAGAAGCUUUUUUUUUUUUUUUGGUAUGCUAGAGAGGCAACAUGAAGGGGAGAAAUGCAUCACGGUUUGACAAACUGAGUCUGUGGUAGCCAGCAUCCUCUUUUACGCUGUAGUGUGUUGGGGAGGCAGCAUUAGCAAGAAGGACGCUGGACGACUGGACAGGCUGGUGAGGAAAGCUGGUUGUGUGCUGGGAUUAGAGCUGGAGUCCUUAACACCACUGGCAGAGAGGAGAGCCCUCUCUGCCAGCGGCAAACUACUGUGAAUGAGCUCCUCUGCCUGGUGAUGGUGCUGUGCAGAGGGUGGUGGACAAUGUUCACUUGUUCAUGCAUCUAAUGUUUACGUAUCUUUUGCACUGCUAAAUUUAAAUUAUUAUACAACUGUGUAUUUGCACUUUCUGUAUGGCUGACAUCAGUUAUCCUUACUUUAUGCACAUCCCCAUCUAUGGACAUACUCUCAGUCUUGCUGAUGCCUAUAACACUAUUUUUAUAGUUCUACCCUAUUUUGCACUAGUGGUUUAUUCACUAGUUCAUUCAUCUACUGUUUACCUAUCUUUUGCACUGCUAAAUUUAAAUUAUUAUAUAACUGUGUAUUUGCACUUUCUGUAUGGCUGACAUCAGUUAUCCUUACUUUAUGCACAUCAACUGGUGCUUACUGUCUAUUGUGUUCAACUGCACUACCUCCAUACUCCGUUACUUAUCUUUCUAUCUAAUGAAGCUCAAAUGUCCUUGCAUUUGUCCAUGAUGUGGUGCGAACCCAAGUGCACUUAAAGUAAACCUCCCGGUCUCAAAAGCAGCUUUUAAGCGACUAUAUGUACCAGACACGUGGAGAAAGUGCACCCGGGUCCGAAAAAAAGUGGUGCAGCAUCUCGAGAAUCUCCCGUUCCACCACAUCCCAAAGCUGCUCUACUGGAUUAAGAUUUGGUGACUGUGGAGAUCAUUCCAGUACAGUGAAUUGACUCAUUGUAGUGUUCAAGAAACCAGCCUGAGAUUAUUGGUGCUUUAUGACAUGGAGCAUUAUCCUGCUGGAAGUAGCAGCAGAAGAUGGGUGAUACACCGUGGUCAUAAAGGGAUGGACAUGGUCAGUAACAAUACUUAGGCAGGCGUCGACACAAUGCCCAAUAGCAGCAGAAAUCGAGACUCAUCAGACCAGGUAACAUUUUUCUAAUCUUCUAUUGUACAGUUUUUGUGAUUCUGUGUGAAUUGUAGCCUCAGUUUCCUGUUCUUAUCUGUAGGAGCUGCACCAGGUGUGAUCUUCUGCUGCUGUAGAAGAGAUGCUCUUCUGCAGACCUCGGUUGUAACGAGUGGUUAUUUGAGUUACUGUGGUCGUUCUAUUAGCUGGAACCAGUCUGGCCAUUCUCCACUGACCUCUGACCUCUGACAAGGCAUUUGCUUCCAGAGACCUGAACUGCUGCUCAAUGGAUAUUUUCCCUUUUUUAGAUCAUUUUCUGUAAACUCUAGAGAUGGUUUUGCAUGAAAUUCCCAGUAGAUCAGCAGUUUCUGAAAUACUUAAAAUAAAAUACAACUUCUGGUGGUUUUGAGUUCCUCAAAACUCCAAAAUCUAUUGCAGUUAGUUUCCAUGAAAUUGAGUGUUUUACAGUGAAGUGGGGGUACAGAUGAUUUUUGUAGAUCUGCUUCUGUAACUCUACUGUUAUCUUCUAUAUGUACUCUGAUCUAGUAUCUGUUUCUAACAGAUACAGAACUGAAAUCAUACUGCAUCUGUGGGCUUCCUGUAUGUAGCUGUGUCUGAGUUUGAGUUGUGAAACUGUUUCCUGUUGCGCAGAUCUGUUUGCUGUCUUUACUCAUCAGUUUUAUAACGGAGCUGCACUGAAGUCUGGCUUUAAAAGCUUCCUCUACAGAUCAGAAGAAGUUUUAUAUGGAAAGUUUAUGAUCAGAAUGAUCUAAAAGCUAAACUCUAUCCUCUGUUCCAGAUCUAAAAGUACAGGAGUUUAGAAGCUGAGGACUAAAAGCUCAUGGACUGAUACAGCUCUGCUCACAGCAGGAGCAGUCCUACAGGAUGGAAGGUGAUCCACAAGUGUUGGAGGAUGAGCCAGAUCAAAAAGAACUGGUUCAGAACACCACAGCUCCCAGUGAACUGGUCCAGAACACCACAGCUCAGACUGGAGGGAAUGUAAUUGCACCUGUUCUACAUGGAAAUGUGAUUCAUGGCUCAGUUCAUAUUCACACUGUAGCUGAACCUCAACAUGAAGGUGGAGCAGGUGGAGGACAGGUAAUGAGUGAGAGUUCAGCAGCCUCUUCUACUACACUGACUGCAGAUAAAAUCCAAUUCAAAAUGAAAGAGGAAUUUAAGAAGAAAUUUGCAAACCUGUAUGAAGGGACGUUACAGGAAGGAGAAUAUGCUCCUCUCAAAGACAUUUUUACUGAACUCUAUGUGAUUAAAGGCUGCACAGGAGGAGUAAACGCUCAGCAUGAAGUGAGACAGAUGGAAGGAUUUUAUCCCAAACCAGGAGAAACAUCAAUCAACUUCAGUGAUAUUUUUAAAGUACAGUCUGGAGAAAAUAAGUCUGGUACAAAAGUUCUUACACUGGGAAUUGCUGGCGUAGGUAAAACAGCCUCUGUACAUAAGUUUAUUCUGGACUGGGCUGAGGAAAGGCACAACCAGGAUUUAGAUUUCAUACUGUUUCUUCCCUUUCGGGAGCUGAACUUGAUUAAAGACAAUCCCCUCAGCCUUCCAGAACUUUUACACUAUUUUCACCCUGAACUCAGCAGAGGAGAUAUAAUGGAGAUUUUAAACAGGAAGUACACUGUGGCUUUGAUUCUAGAUGGACUGGAUGAAAGCAAGAUUCCUCUAAACUUCAAUCAAAUAAAAGUAUCAAAUGCACAAGAGAAGAUCUCUCUAAAUAAGCUGCUAACAGGCAUCAUUAAAGGAGAGUUGCUUCCCUCUGCUGUUAUCUGGAUAACUUCCCGACCAGCAGCAGCCAAUCAGAUCCCACGUAAAUACUUCCUGAUCAAUACAGAAAUCCGUGGAUUCAAUGAUUCACAGAAGGAGGAGUACUUCAGAAAGAGAAUCCAAGACCAGGAUGAAGCCAGCAGAAUCAUUUCACAUAUUAAAACAGCAAGAAGUCUUCAUAUCUUGUGUCACAUUCCAGUCUUCUGCCGGAUCUCAGUCUCUGUUCUUCAGGAAAUGAUGAAGAAAGACAAAGAGAUGAAAAAUGCUCCCACAACUCUUACAGAAAUGUACAUUCGUUUCCUGAUCUUUCACACAAGACAGAAGAGUGAGAAAUACAACCUAGAACAGAAUGUGGAUGGUGCGGUUCCAUCGUCUGAGAGAGAAAAAAUUGGAGCAGAGAGUGUACUGAAACUGGCAAAGUUAGCCUUUCUUCAGCUACAAAAAGAACAGCUCAUAUUCUAUGAGGAAGAUCUGAAAGAGUGUGAUAUUGAGGUAGAAGAAGCUGUAGUGUACUCUGGAGUCUGUACACAGAUCUUUAAAAAGGAUGAGAAGUUCUACAGCUUUGUACAUUUGAGUUUCCAGGAGUUCCUCGCUGCUGUGUUUGUGUUCCUCACAUCCAGUGAUGAAGGUAAUCCACUCCUCCAGACCUGGUGGGAGAAAAUAAAAUGGAUGUAUAAACACAAACUGGAUGAUCUUCUGAAGACAGCUGUGGAGAAGGCAAUGAAGAGUAAAAAUGGACACCUGGAUCUUUUCCUCCGCUUCCUCUUUGGCCUCACUCUGGAGUCCAAUCAGAGGCUCCUCAAGAGUCUACAGCCAGAAAUGGAGAUAAAAAAAGAGGAUCUGAAGGGCACUGUAGACUACAUUAAGAGAAAAAUCAUUAAGAAGAAAUCUUCUGAAAAUACCAUCAAUCUCUUCCACUGUCUGAGUGAACUGAAAGACACCUCACUCACAGGAGAAAUCCAGAACUUCCUGAACUCAGGAUUACUCUUAACACAGGAACUCUCAUCCACACAGUGGUCAGCUGUGGUCUUUGUUCUGAUGAUGUCAGAGGAAACUCAAGAGAAGUUUGAACUAAAGAAAUACAGAGCAUCAGAAGAAGGACUGAGGAGAUUACUACCUGUGGUGAAAAACACACAGCGAGCUCUGUUGGAUCACUGCAGUCUGAGUAAAAACAUCUGUGAAACACUGGCAUCAGUACUCAUCUCAGAUUCAGCACUGAAAGAACUGGACCUCAGUAACAAUGACCUGCAGGAUUCAGGAGUGGAGCUGCUCUCUGAUGGACUAAAGAGUUCACACUGUAAACUGCAGAUUCUCAGAUUAUCUGGGUGUAUGAUCACAGAAAACGGCUGUUCUUCUCUGGCUUCAGCUCUGAUUUCCAACCCCUCCCACCUGAAAGAGCUGGAUCUGACCUACAACUACCCAGGAGAGUCAGGAAAGAAGCUGCUUUCUGCCAGACUGGAGGAUCCACACUGCUCACUGGAGACACUCAGAAUGGAACAUGGAAGCGAGAUCAGAAUCAAACCUGGAAUAAAGAAAUACGGCUGUGAUUUCACACUGGAUCUAAACACAGUAAACGGAUAUCUCUCUCUGAGUGAGGAGAACAGGAGGGUGGAGAGGAGAGAGGAGCUGCAGUCGCAUCCUGAUCAUCCAGAGAGAUUUGAUAUGUGGCCGCAGGUUCUGAGUAGAGAGAGAGUUACUGGUGUAACUGGUGAUACUGGUGUAACUGGUGAUACUGGUGUAACUGGUGUUGCUGGAUGCUGUUACUGGGAGGCUGAGUGGAGCGGAGACAGCGCUGCUGUAGCUCUGAGUUAUAAAACCAUCAGCAGGAAAGGAAGAGGAUCAGACUGUGGGUUUGGAGAGAAUUUAAACUCCUGGAGUCUGAUUUGCACUAAUUACAGGUACUAUGUCCUUCACAAUAAUUACAGAACUAAUCUCCCCACUCCUCCCUCCGGCUGUAGGAGAGUAGGAGUGUAUGUGGACUGUCCCUCCGGCACUCUGUCCUUCUACAGAGUCUCCUCUGAUACACACUCACCCUCACACACACCCUCACACACUCUCACAUACUUACACACACACUCACACACUCUCACACACUUACACACAUUCUACACCACCUUUACUCAGCCCCUCUAUGCAGGGAUUUGGGUUGGUUCUGGCUCCUCAGUGACCCUGUGUAAAAUAUAAUAGCUCUGUGUGUGUUUGUGUGUAUAAAUAUAAAUAUGUAUAUAUUUUAUAUAGAUGAUUUUAUUAUUUAUUUUUAUCACUACUGUUGUCACUUAUUCUGUACUUAUUGUUAAUUAUUGUUUUAUUUUCUUGUAGAUAGAUUUGUAAUUUUAAAAAAUCUACGAUAAAUAAGGACUGGAUCAGACUUACUUUACAGGGGCUAAUAGGCUAAAGUUAACCAGGCUAGUGUGUGUGUGUGUUGUGAGUGUGUAGUGUAUGUAGGGUGUGUACAGUGUGUGUGUGUCUUAGUGUGUGUGUGAGUGCGAGAGUGUUCAAGUAAAUUUCUGGUGUGUUUCUAUCUUGGUGGCGGAAAAUAGAGCACCCAUGACUGGAUCACUGAUCACCACAGUGAUUUAUAUUUAUGUUCAGUACACAGACCUUAUAAUUGUAGCUUAAUAUAGCAGAUUUAGACAUUCUGAAACCCAGACUUCCCUCUCCCCAGCCACUUGGGCCGACUCGUCCGGGGAAUCCCGAGGCGUUCCCAGGCCAGCUGAGAGACAUAGUCCCUCCAACAUGUCCUGGGUCUUCCCCUGGGCCUCUUCCCGGUGGGACGUACCCGGAACACUUCACCAGGGAGGCGUCCAGGAGGCAUCCUAAUCAAAUGCCCAAGCCACCUCAACUGGCUCCUUUCGAAUGGCCGAGCUUCUAACCUUAUCUCUAAGGGAGAGCCCAGACACCUUGUGGAGGAAACUCAUUUCAGCCGCUUGUAUCCGUGAUCUCGUUCUUUUGGUCACGACCCAAAGAUUUUGACCAGAGAUGAGGGUAGGAACGGAGGUCAACCGGUAAAUAGAGAGCUUUGCUUUUUUGAUAGAUAGGACUCCUUCUUCAGCCUGACAGCAUCCCUCACCGCCGGUUUCCACCAGUGGGUUUGAGGAUUGCUACCAUGACAGGCACCAACAACCUUGCAACCACAGCUCCACCUCAGCAAUGGAGGUGCAGAACACGGCCCACUUGGACUCAAUGUCCUCAACCUCCCCCGGAACGUGUUUGAAGCUCUCCCGGAGGUGGGAGUUGAAGCUCUGUCUGACAGGAGUCUCUAUCAGCCAUUCCCAACAGACACUCAUGAUUCUUUUAGGUCUGCCAGGUCUGACCGGCAUCCUACCCCACCAUCGGAGCCAACUCACCACCAGGUAGUGGUCAGUGGAGAGCUCCACUCCCCUCUUCACCGGAGUGUCCAAGACAUGCGGCCGCAAAUCAGAUGACAACAAAGUUGAUCAUUGAACCACAGCCUAGGGUGUCCUGGUGCCAAGUGCACAUAUGCUUGAACAUGGUGUUAGUUAUGGACAAGCCAUGACGAGCAAAGAAAUCCAAUAACAAAACACCACUCUGGUUCCAAUUGGGAGGGCCAUUGCUCUCCAACAGCCCCUCCAAGGACUCCAAAAAGUUAUAUACCUCAGGUUCAACAGCGUGGAAUGACUGCUCUCCAGCGCUGUUAGCCAAGGUUUAGCGGCGUGGAAAGACUGCUCUCCAGCACUGUUAUCCUGGGUUCAGCAGCGUGGAAUGACUGCUCUCCUGUGCUGUUACUCGGGUUCAGUGGCAUGGAAUGACUGCUUUCCGGCGCUGUUACCUUGUAUUCAGCGGCGUGGAAUGACUGCUCUUCGGCACUGUUACCCCAGGUUCAGCACCUGGAACUACCUGCUCUCUGGUAGUCUUAGCCCAGGUAUAGCACCUGGAACUACCUGCUCUCCGGCACUGUUACUGUCACUCUUCUGCGCUGUUUUCCCGGGUUCAACAGCAUGGAAUGACUGCUUUCCUGCGCUGUUACCCUGGGUUCAAUGGCAUGGAAUGACUUCUCUCUGGCGCCGUUACCCUGGGUUCAACAGCUUAGAAUGACAGCUCUCCUGCACUGUUACCCUGGGUUCAAUGGCAUGAAACGACUGCUCUCCAGGGCUGUUACCCCGAGAUCAGCGGCAUGGAAUGACUGCUCUAUGGCGCUGUUACCCUGGGUUCAGCAACAUGGAAUGACUGCUCUCCGGUGCUGUUACCCCAGGUUCAACCACCCCUUUCAAUACUCAUAUGCAAAAGUCUCGCUCAAGCAAAAAGAGCAACUUCAGACAUUUAUCUGACACUGUAUUUGCUG